AUGGGGAAGAUGAAGGAAAUAAGUUAUUUUAUGAGACCCAUAACUGAGGAAGACAGGACUCAGAAAAGCCGCACUUCCCGGGUGACUCCUCUGGCCAGCCGUGCCCCUCAGAUGAGGGCUGCUCCCAGAAGAGCACCUCCAGCUCAGCCUCCAGCCGCAGCUGCUGCCCCUCAGCAGCCAGGCCUGAUGGACCAGAUAGCUACCACUGCAACCGGUGUGGCUGUGGGCUCUGCGGUGGGGCACACUCUGUGUCACACCAUCACUGGGGGCUUCAGUGGAGGGGCUAAUGCUGAGCCUGCGAGGCCUGACAUCACUUACCAGGAGCCUCAGGGAGCCCAGCUGCAGAACCAGCGGUCUUUUGGACCUUGCUCUCUAGAGGUCAAGCAGUUUCUGGAAAGUGCUCAGAACCAGAGCGAUGUCAAGCUCUGUGAGGGCUUCAGUGAGGUGCUGCGGCAGUGCAGGAUUGCAAAUGGUUUAAUCUAAUCAAGAAAUUCAAGCUGGAGAAAUGUAAACUUUGUUCUGUAUAAUUGAUAGUUACAUGUGUGGAUCCUUAUUGGCGUUUACUGAGGCUUGUAGUGUUGGUUACUGGGCAAGUGUUUGGCUUCCUUGAACUAACUGUAUUGUGAUUGAGUUAAAAUAAAAUGCGUUAUUCUGA